AUGCUGCACCCUCCCUGGCCGUGGAAGGCGGGGGAGACGCCUGGGCUGAUCCUGUUCCCUUCUACCCAUGUCCGUGCUCUUUUUUUUUCCAGACUUCAGGUGGUCAUCUUUGUGAAAGCGGGCGACGGGGGGAACGGGGCGGUGGUCAUCUUUGUGAAAGCAGGCGAGGGGGGGAACGGCGCAGUGCUGCACCCCCCACGGCCAUGGAAGGCGGGGGAGACGCCUGGACUGAAGGGAGGGAAGCUCAACGCGAGGGAGGCGGAGGAACUGAGGAGGAAGCUUCGCAGGAAAGAGGCUGAAAAGGCCAAGGCAAUGAAGAGGGUGGGCACGUUCAAGAGGGACGCGGAUGGGCUGGCGAUCGUGCCCAUGGGAGGGCAUGGGGGAGACAUUGUGAUUUAUGCUGAUCCCUCCCUCUCCACGCUGCUGCCGCUGCACCGCAAGAAGCGGCACGUGGCGAGGAGCGGAGGACACGUGGAUGCCAAGGGGGGCCUGGCAAGGAGAGGGCCUGACGGAUUGCAGGGGCCAGUGCUGCGGAUAGGUGUCCCAGUAGGCACGGUGGUGAAGCGCAAGAGAGGAGGCAAGUUCCUGGCAGAUCUGGCGAACCCGGGAGAUGAAGUGGUGGUGGCGAGAGGAGGACGAGGAGGGAUCAGUGUGUACGAGCUGCCUGCUUCCAACAAGGCCCACCUGCGCCCUGUGAAGGCACCAUUGGGAACCACAGUGAUGAGCACACCAGAAGACAAGCAACUGACGUACGGGUUGCAAGGCGAGGAGGCAGCGUUGGAGUUGACACUGCGAGUGGUGGCUGACGUGGGGCUCGUGGGCUUCCCCAAUGCAGGGAAAUCGUCCCUGCUAGCAGCGGUAACCGCAGCACGGCCGGAAAUAGCAGACUACCCGUUCACGACCCUCAUGCCUAACCUGGGCCGCAUGCCUGCCGACCCUGCUGGUCCGGAUGGGGGGUUUGGCGACGGACCUACUCUGGCGGAUCUGCCAGGGCUGAUCGAAGGGGCGCAUGUGGGGAAGGGCCUGGGCCGCAUGUUCCUGCGUCACCUGCGCCGCACCCGCGUGUUGCUGCAUGUGCUCGAUGCCUCUGCGCCCGAUCCCAUACAUGACUACGUGGUGUUGAGAGAGGAAUUGAGAAUGUAUAACCCAGAGUACACCUCCCGCCCCCACAUUCUCGUGCUCAACAAGAUAGACCUACCCGAGGUUCGUGAGCGCAUCCCGGACCUAACAAGUCAGGUCGCCCAGCUGACAUCAGCAAGUCAACAAGCUGACGCCAGCAUCACCAGCAAAGAUACCUCCUCCCCCUCCUCCUCCCCCUCCUCCUCCCCCUCGUCCUCUCCCUCUUCCUCCCCUCCUCGCGCAUACACCGAUGAAGGCUCAUUGAGCCGACUAGACGAUGACUGGGAGGAGUCAAGAGGGGGUGGUGAUGCUGAUGCUGAAUCGGAUGGGGAUGUUACCAUGGAUGGUGGUGCUGAUGCUGAUGUUGAUGCCGAAGCAUCCACAACUGAGCGUUUGGAGCCUCCCAUUGCCAUUGUGCACAUCAGUGCUCG